AUGAUAAUACCAGGAGAGAUUCCACUCAGCGUGCAUUCCCUCUUAUACAUCGACUCCGUAUAUACCCGCGGCAAGUCCUCAUCUGCUGCACCUUUCCAUUACACCACAACCAAGUGCCACUCUCGGUUCAAGACUGCAAAGGCCUCGAACAUGCCCUCGGCCUCAAACUCAAACUCGGCACCAAUUGCAUCAGCGUGCGAUGUGCUAAAGCCUCGAGCCAAUUUCCCAACUAGCGGUGCUGUGGCAGCCAAAGCGCGUGAACAAAUGAAUGCGGGCAAAACAACCGCAUCGUCAAGUUCCACGGGCUCUUCACGGGCUGAGACACAUGAACAGUCGGGUUCAGGGAGUGAUGCAAGUGGUGAUGCAAGUGAUCCCGGGCAGAAACACAGCGUCUCUGUUCAGCAGAUGCAGAUGCAUGAGGUGGAUGACGAUGGAGUUCGCACUUGGCGGCGGAUUAUUGUCGAGUACAGCUGA